AUGACCAGUAAUGGUACUGGUUAUGGAUUCCAUACUUCCUUUAAGAUUGAUUCCAGGGGCUGGAUAAUUGAUUUCGGUGCAACUGAUCAUAUGACGUUUGAUCCUGAUGAUUUUCUUCAUACUACACAACCUCGACGAACUUGUAUUGCAAAUGCCAAUGGAGUUACUUAUCCUGUGACAGGGGCUGGCACUGAUAUUCACACUAAGGAGAUUCUUGGUCGUGGUACUAAGGGAGGGGGGUUAUAUUAUGUAGACGACUUCAGUCCCUGCAUGGCUAACAAUGUGACGCAUCCCUUUGAUAGCAAACAACAACAAAUCUGGUUGUGGCACCGUCGAUUGGGACCAUCCAGUCACCAUGUGCCCUACCCGUUGAGUACGAACAAGUGUACUACUCCAUUUACGUUAAUUCACUCUAAUGUCUGGGGACCUUCACCUAUCACUGCUCCUUCUGGUGUUCGAUGGUUUGUCACAUUCAUAGAUGAUUGUACACAAAUGACAUGGCUUUAUUUGCUGAAGAAUAAAAAUGAAGUGUUUUUCCGUUUUCAGUCAUUCCACAAACAGAUGAAGACUCAGUUUAAUGCUCAAAUUCAUAUUCUUCGCUCAUACACUGGUGGAGAAUUUUUCAAUCAUGACUUUCAGACUUACUUCCAACAACAUGGAAUUAUCCAUGAGACGACUUGUCCUCAGACACCGCAACAAAAUGGUGUUGCUGAACGAAAGAAUUGA